UAAAUUAAGGUUACACAGGUGUGCUGCAAGUGACAGCAGAUGUAUUUCUCUGCAGAAGUGCAACCGCAUCAUACCACGAUUCAACUCACCACUGACCGCGGUUUGCGAAGUGCUGCAUCUAUCACGCGUGCUGCCUGGCCAUUGACGGAAUCGGUACCGCGUCCAAUGGCUCCCACGCUCGGCUAAAUCGCACGUUCUUCAGCCAAAAUUGGGUAGGAUGGGCAGCAAGCGAAUCCUUCAGGACGGAGCGACAUUCCGAUAUUGAUGACACCCUGUAAUAUUGAAUAUCGUCUGAUGGUGCUGGGCAUAAUAAGCUUGUGUGCUUAGGUAUACAUAGCUGCCGGGCCCGAGGCACCGAGCUCUCGAACAACAACAAAAUGGGCACCAUUCUUCCUUCGGACCUUUCACCGAGGACAGCCUGUCCAUGCCGACUCACGUAUUGCUCUCUCUCCAUUGGGCAGCAUUCGUUCGACUCAUCGAUGAUGGGAAUUCAAGCAUCCGUUGCGACAAUCCAUGCCCCUCCCGGGCCUCAGCUGUCCGUAUUCGGCAGCAGUACUCGGGACAUUCGAUCGCAUCUUUGUGGUUCAUUGGUUGCGCCGCUGCUCUUCGUAAUGCUUUCGGAAUUGACAGCGUUCAUUAUACCCAAUCCAUUCCAUGCUUCCUAACUCCGAUGCCAGAACAUGCGUGCGCGCGUACAUUAACCUAGACGAUGUUUUGCAGUCGCAGUUACGCCAG